AUGGCGAUCAAGGUUUCAGAGCUUGAUAAGGUGCAGGAUCUCCAUCAGCAAACUCAAUCUAUGUUGGAGCUGCAGACUUUGAAGUGUCAAAAAAUAGAGAAAAAACUGAAGAUUGCAAAGGACCAAGUGACCAAGCUCCAAAGAAUGUUCAAGCUGGCAGCAAUUUGGAUUAUAACACUCAUAACAAUAAUACUGAUAUUAGUUUACUCAAAAAGAGACAAUCAUUCUAAAGGAUACAUUGAGUUGGGACGACUGAACUUUGUAGGAUGCAAUGGCUUCAUCACUAAGGUCAUCCUCAGAAGAGCUUUCACCUUGUGGCAUAUCAUCAUGUACCUCUGCUUCUGCCCCUUUGCCCUCAAUGUUUUCUUCACCAAGCUCAUCAAGUACCUUUGA